AUUUUUCAGGAUAAACAUAGUUUUUAGAAAGAUCUAAUAUAUUUCACAACAUUCAUUGUAGGAAAAAAAUAUCUACCUUAAUUUGUAAUUAAUGUUAACAUGAAUUUGCAAUUUGUGGGUGUAAGUGAUAGCCCAGACUUCAAAGAGAUUAGCAAUACAAAUACAACAAUCAAUAUAAAAGCAUGAGAGCACAUUUGUCUUUACGUCAUUGGAUUACUCGUUUUUUUGUAUAAUAAUAAUAAUCAGCUGGAGCCGCAGCUGGAGUCAAAUACAAUGUUCGAAGAAAAAAUACUACACUGUGUGUCUUUGAUUGUGCGCAAAGAAAACCUCUCUAAAUAUAAAUUGCAAUUUGGCGAAGAAACAAAAAAAGGCGAUGGUUAUUUUGCCAAAGUUAUUUUUACUACAGUUACUGGUACCACCGUGAAUGGGGAAGAAAAAAUUUGGGAAUUUGCUGUCAAAAUGUCGACGUCUAAUGAGAAACUUAGAAGACAGACACCUGUGAAGGAAUUUUUUGAGAGAGAAAUUUAUCUCUACGAGCAGAUAAUACCUUCAUUCAAGAAUUUUCAGGAAGAAAUGAAAGUUGAUAAAAAUAUGUUGGAUGUAAUACCUACAUGUUAUCUUGCUGAAAGUCUACAGGAUUGUGAAAUUGUAGUCUUAGAGAAUUUGAGAACACACGGAUUUAGUCUUUGGGACCGAAAAAUACCCACGACUUAUGAUUACAUCAAGUUAGUUUUACAAGCUUAUGCCAAAUGGCACUGCUUCUCUUUGGCAAUGAGACACAAAAGUGCUGCUACAUUCGAAAAACUUACAGAGAACUACGUUCAUUUGUUCCCUUAUUUUAUUUUGAAAGUUGGGUUGGAUAAUAUUAUAUAUGAAUAUUACGAAGAAAUAUUAGAUGCGUGGGAAAAUGACACAGAAUUAAAAGAGAACAGAUUUUCAAAAUCUGACAUCAAGAAUAUUUUGACUAAUCUCGUCUCUGAAGAUCCACAUUCUAGUGUUAUCUUACAUGGAGACUGUUGGACGAACAAUUUUAUGUUUAAAGUUGAAGAAAAAAGUCAACGUCCUGUGGGAGUACGCAUCAUAGAUCUACAGUUAUCUGGCUUAGGCUCACCGGUUUUGGAUUUGUCUGUUUUCAUCUAUGCUUGUGUUGACGUAGAAAAACACAAGAAUGUUGAAGAGCUGUUGAAAAUUUAUUACGAUUUUUUAAGCGAAAAUUUACGUCAAUUCAAAUGCGAUCCUUCUAAAAUAUUUUCCUACGACAAACUGCUGAACCACUGGAAAACAUUUUCUUGUUAUGGGCUUAUUUUAGGAAUAUUUUUGUUAAAAUUUUCUCUGGGUGAAUCUGAUGAGGUCCCAGAUUUUGUAGACUCGGCAAAUCGAGGGAAAGAAUUUUUAGAAAAUUUUUAUUUUCAUAUUGCUAAAGAAGAGACCUAUUUUCAGAGAAUCAAAAAUAACAUUAUUCAUUAUACUGCAAAUCUGAAAUAAUGAGC